AUGUUGAGCUGUGGUGUGACAGUCGAUCAAGUUUCCAGAAUUCGAAUCAAAACAACUACGAAAAUCUUAUUUGUUGAUGCUGCUCCAGCUCGCAUUCACCUUGAAGCCCUCAACGCCGAAGGUGAUACCUUUUCCACAUUGGGUGAGAUUCCGAUCGAAUGGGAGUUGUCCCACUCUGGAGAGGGCCGUCCGCUUCGUAUUGUUCCUUUUGAGCAGUCGACCUAUGAAGCACCAGCUGAGAUUGUUGCACUAGAGAAGAAUAAGAAAAAAGGAUACAUCAUUCUCGUGGAAGGUAUCCUUACUGGGUCAGCUACUUUGACAGCAAAAUUUGGCGAACCUCACUAUAAGAACAUCAAUCCCGACAGCCUGGAUCUGGUUGUAGUAGCUAACUUGCUUCUGCAACCAGCACAUGACCUCUUCUUGCCCGUUAAUGCCGUAGUGCCGUUUCACGUCCAGAUUGUUAAGCAAAGCAGCACUGAAGGCAUAGGGAGAACCUCCGGACCUUCAGUGGUUUUCGAUGAAAUCAUGCGCGUGUUAGAUAACUGUGAUUCUUUCGUUUUCGAGAUUUCGAGCAAAGUAAGACCUUGCCAGAAUCCGAAGCCUAUCUUUCAACCUAUUCCUUCUUAA